AUGCCCCGCCAACCAUCGUUGAGGGUCUCUUCUUCAACGCUUAGUACCGUCCGUCGACGAGUCAGUGCUCAAGAGCCUCCCCAUGAAGAAGACCGCGGCCCUCAUCGCAAACCCACCAUCAAGCUCCUUCCAAAAACCCAAGAAUCGCUUCCACAGUCCUUCUCAUCGUCAUUUCUCAACCUCCCCUACGAAAUCACAAGUCCGGAGACAUACGCACCUUCUACCUUUCCGGACCCAGAGAGCCUCGUGGUGCCAGAACCAGAGAGCCCCGUGUUAACUCAGGAGCAGCUGAGCAAUAUCCCCUUGACACCUCGCCCCGACCCACCUUCCCGAGCGUCCACAGCAUGUUCCUGGGAAUCUACGGAAACGAGAGUAUCUCAAAUCUCACGCUUGCCCACUCCGGAUUUUACGAACCCUUCACAGUCCACUUUACAGAGGGGUGCUGGGUCAUUGAGGAUGUUGUUACCCAAGAGGUUAAGUUAUAUCUCUUUUAACAUUCCUCAGACCGCUUUUUGGUCUGGUGGCAGACCGGAGUUGAAAGCUCAGUCAGAGGCCCGUCACAUUCCUCCUCAAAUUCCAUUCUGGGCUGGUAUCAGGCCAAACUUGAACGCUCUGCGCAACCAAUCAGAGGGGUCCGCCAAGACGCGGAUUACAGCUCGGACGACGAAUUCCGUCGACUCUGGCCACCAUGCGCUUAUUCCAUCUAUCGGAACUACGGAUAAAUUUACACACAAGUGGCCUAAACCCCAGUCGUUGAAGUAUCUUAACUCUCGGACGAAUAGCACCAGCAGCAACGGCAGCUCCGUUCACCUUGACCAGGCAGCGUCACUUGCUUUGGAAGAAGGCCAGGGACUUGGAGUAGGUAGCGUAAUGAGGUGGACGACGUUCAAGUGGUGCCUCGUGCUCUCCGUCUCGACCGUGUUUGUGUAUGGCGCUGCUGGAUUGGCAUGUGCGAUUAUGACGUGGUUCAGGACAUGGGACAAAGCGGAUGUGAUGUCCGUAGCCGAUGGCGAUAUCCUUAUUCUCAUCACCCUCGCGGCCUCCAUCCUCCUCUUCACCUCCCUAGUGGGCAUGUCCGGGACCCUUCUCAACUCCCGCCCCAUCCUAGCCGUUUAUACCCUCUUGUUAUGGCCCGCCUUGGCCUCCCUCCUGGCAGUCGGCUACAUCAGCUACCAUCGCGCCACCUUCUCUCUCGAUCACAAGCUCAACCUAUCCUGGAGCCAAUAUUACACCCCCCUCGGCCGGCUUCUAAUUCAAAACUCGCUGCACUGCUGUGGGUUCUACAGCGCGCUGCACGAAGCCACGUUUAGCAAACGCUGUUACCCGCGCACGUCCCUGCCAGGGUGUAAAGGGAAACUGUACCGGUUCGACCGGGAGAAUCUAGCUGCGAUAUGGAUGGCGGUGUUCUCCCUUGUUCCUUUGCAUCUGAUUAACAUUCUUGUGGCGCUGCUUUGUGCGAACCAUGUUACGAGGACGUUUGGGAAGGGCAUAACACCGAAACGGUAUCGGUUGAGUAGUGAGGAUGUUAAGGCAGAUGCGGAGAGGAUAUUGAGUGGGAUUGAUGGAAGGGGUACGGUACGGCCUGUGGUGCAACCGGAGUAUUCGAGGGCGGGUUCGAGUGGGGUUUUUAGAGAAGAUAGAGAAGAUCGUACAACUUUGUUGAAGGACGAGGAUUAUUGGUAUACAUUAUAG